AUGGCGAGGCGUAGCACUCUGAAGAAUUGGGUGUCUGAUAUGUUAAUGGAGUUUCUCGGAUAUUCUAACAUCGUAGUUGUUCGGUUCGUUAUUCAACUCGCUAAGCAAGCAACAUCGCCGGAUGGUGUGAUGGACAAGCUCGUCGAUUUUGGACUGCCAUCCACGAAUGAAACGGGCGCUUUUUCGAAAGAAAUCUUCGCUAGAUUGCGCGGCAAGGCAUUAUUGAAAAAGAAGAGGGAAGUUGCCAGGCUGGUGAGGAAGCUGCAGAGAACAUAUGAUGAGAUCAUAGAUGUGGACAACGAUGAUUAUGAGUCCAUGAAGUCGGAUUCGAGGAAGAAACGGUAUAGGAAGAGGGUGCGGAGUGAAGUAGAAGAAGAUCGCGAGGCAGAUAUUGCGAGAGUGAAAGAAGAGAGACCGGUUAAAAGACGAAUAUGGAUAGUAGAAGGCCACGAUGGUUCGCCGUUUGAAGAAGAAGAAACAUUGCGUGAUCAGCGAGAGAGGGAGGAGUUGGAGAGAAACAUAAGGGAGAAGGAUGCAGCAGCCCCAACAAGGUUGUUAAAACAGAACGAGGCAAAGGAGGCGUUUCGGAGAACCAAUGCUGAUAUCGAAGCUUUAAGAAGAGUUUCAAGACAAGAGUAUCUAAAGAAACGGGAGCAAAAGAAAUUGGAGGAAAUUAUGGAAGAUUUAGAAGAUGAGAAUUGCUUAUUCAGAGGUCUGAAGCUGACCGAAGCUGAAGACCGUGACUUGAGUUACAAGAAACAAAUAUUAGAGAUUGCGAAGAAAAAGUCAGUGCUAGAAAGGGAUGAGAGUGGCAAUGAGUACAUGAUCCCGGAAGCCUAUGAUGAUCAGGAGUGCGGCAUUGAUCAGAAAAAGAGAUUUUCUGUGGCUACUCAACGCUACGGGGAACUGAAUGGCGGAGAUAAAAUCAACCCGUUUGCAGAACAGAAAGCUUGGGAGGAUCAGCAAAUUGAAAAGGCAACAUGGAAUUUCGGAUCCAAAGACAAAAAUAGGUCAAUGUCUGCUGAUGAGUACGAAUUUGUAUUUGGAGACCUGAUUGAUUUUGUCAAGGCAUCCGCUAAUGAAUUUGAUGAUGAUUUGCAAGCACAACAAACUCGGUCAUUUGAUUCGCAAGUGAAAUCAAACUUGGAGAAGCUGCAGGAGGAGAGAAAAACAUUACCAGUCUUCUCCUAUCGCGAUGAAUUGCUCCGAGCAGUUGAAAAAUAUCAGGUUCUUGUUAUCGUUGGUGAAACUGGGUCCGGGAAAACCACACAGAUACCCCAAUAUCUGCAUGAGGCAGGAUACACGAAGCAUGGAAAGAUUGGAUGCACGCAGCCACGGCGAGUUGCUGCUAUGAGUGUUGCUGCCAGGGUUUCUCAAGAAAUGGGAGUCAAACUCGGCCAUGAGGUAGGUUAUUCUAUUCGUUUUGAAGAUUGCACAUCUGAAAAAACUGUUAUGAAAUAUAUGACUGAUGGAAUGUUGUUGCGUGAAUUUCUCGGCGAACCAGAUUUGGCAAGCUAUAGUGUGCUGAUGGUGGACGAGGCACAUGAAAGAACGCUAUCGACAGAUAUUCUGUUCGGAUUAGUUAAAGACAUUGCACGAUUUAGACCUGAUUUUAAACUCCUCAUCUCAAGUGCAACUCUUGAUGCUAAGAAGUUCAGCGAUUACUUUGAUUAUUGCCCGAUUUUAUAUAUUCCAGGAAGGCGGCAUCCUGUCGAUAUAUUCUACACAAAGGAACCACAAGCUGAUUAUUUAGAUGCAGCAAUUGCUACUGCACUUCAAAUCCAUGUGACAGAACCAUCUGGCGAUAUAAUGAUCUUUCUCACUGGUCAGGAAGAAAUUGAAGCAGCGGCCGAAGUGUUGAAACAGAAGACAGAAGGCCUUGGGACAAAAAUUGGUGAGCUGAUUAUCUGUCCCAUAUUUGCAAACCUACCUACUGAGUUGCAAGCGAAGGUUUUCGAGCCCACGCCUUCAGGGGCUAGGAAGAUUGUCCUGGCCACAAACAUAGCAGAAACUUCGCUGACAAUAGACGGGAUCAAAUAUGUCAUUGACCCUGGAUAUUGCAAGAUGAAGAGUUAUAAUCCGAGGACUGGGAUGGAGUCAUUGCAAGUCACUCCCAUCUCGAAAGCAUCGGCAAGACAAAGGGCAGGUCGAUCUGGUCGAACAAGCCCUGGGAAAUGCUUCAGGUUAUACACAGCUUACAGUUCCCAGCAUGAUUUUGAAGAUAACACAAUACCAGAAAUACAACGGACUAACCUUGCGAAUGUCGUGCUUACGCUGAAGUGUCUCGGUAUCCAUGACUUGUUACAUUUCGAUUUCAUAGAUGCUCCACCUACUGAAGGAUUGAUAAAGGCGCUUGAACUGCUGUUUGCCCUAGCUGCAUUGAACAAAUUUGGUGAGCUGACUAAGGUCGGUAGGCAGAUGGCAGAGUUUCCUCUUGAUCCGAAGCUAUCUAAGAUGAUAGUUGCUUCCGGCAAGUACAAGUGCUCGGACGAGGUUAUUUCAAUCGCUGCUAUGCUUUCUGUUGGUAACUCAGUUUUUCUCCGCCCGAAGAACAAACAAACAUACGCUGACAAUGCGCGAAUGUGGUUUCAAACCGGGAAUGUGGGAGAUCACGUUGCUUUGCUUAAUGUGUACAAUGAAUGGAAGGAGACAAAUUACUCAACAGAAUGGUGUUCUGAAAACUACAUACAGGCGAGGAGCAUGAAACGAGCAAGAGAUAUCCGGGAACAACUUGAACGGCUCUUGGGGCGGGUUGAGAUCGAAUUAAUCUCAAAUCCCGAUGAUCUAACGCCUAUAAAGAAGGCCAUUGCAUCCGGUUUCUUCCCCCACGUUGCAAGCUCCAUGAAGAAUGGACGUUAUAGAACAAUCAAAUAUCCACAGACCGCCUACAUCCACCCGAGCUCAGGGCUAGCGCGGGAGUCACCGAGCUGCGUUUUAUACCACGAAAUGGUGCUCACAACGAAAGAAUACAUGAGAUGUGUAACGGAAAUAGAGCCGAAGUGGCUGCUGGAUGUGGCUCCGCAUUAUUACCAGGUGAAGCAUGUUAAGAACUCGGGUUCGAAGAGCAGCCUCGCAGAGGAGGGCGGGCCGAACAGGACCGACAACUUUCUGGGUUCAAAGACUUUUCCUCUGCCAACCCCUAGGCUUCAAACUUACUAAUGUUUUUAC